GGAGUCUUUUAUCGGUUCACCCCCAACUCCAGAAACUUCUUCCCCAGCCCAGUCACAGACAUUUCCCGCCUCGCGCAUUCUCCCUCCCUCUCCGGUGCCAUCGCGACUGAGGUCUCUCACCUAUCAUCCGUCGCCCCUACCAAUAACUGGUCGCCAUCGUCUUCUCCCUUCACAGUUCAUCGCUCGCCAAUACAUCAAUCUCAGUUGGUCUACUAUUCUUGAGCAGUUACAAUGAGGCCCGGGCGUACAAUGAAGCUUCUUGGGCGUAGACCCCCGCCCCCUCACAAAGGCCCAAAUGCUAGAAGAAAUUACAGAAACCAAACUGUGAAGUAUAUGAAGUAUAUGGCUGGAAUGAGAAUGAAAAUAAGUGGGGAGCCGGCUGCCGCAGCUCCUCCGGCUGCCGCAGCUCCUCCGGCUGCUGAAGUCCCUCCCCCUGCCGAGGUCCACCCCCCUGCCAAAGAGAUUGUUGAAGAGGAGGAACCUUCUCCGGAAGGGCCUCCCAGCCCACCCCAUCAUGUACAAGAAGGAAGCCCAGAGUGGAAGAAGCAAAUCAUCGCUAGUAUUCAAUCCGAGGUACUAAAACAUUCUGUUGCAGAGCGCCUCUCAAAGAGAAACAGAGAGAUUGCACGGCAAAAUGCUUCCGCUUCCACUGGCAGCAGCAGCGGGAGCAGCGGGAGCAGCGGAAGCAAGUGGAGGUGCAAGUGGAGGAAGAAGUAAAGAAGUCACUGGUCAGGGAUGAUAUGAUUUGGUUGAUACAGGGUUGAUUGUUGCUGACAUGCUUUGCUGCCCAAUCCCGUGGAUUCUUCACCAUGUUUUGCAGGACUUAGUUUUUACUUCAAAGUUUCAUGGGAGGACCUUGCCUGCCUAUCUGAAAAAUAUUGAUAUGAAAAUAAGACAUUAGUAGGUGACAUCCUUUGUUUCCCAUACAUAGGUGACAAUGUGACAUUACCGUACAUAGAAAAUUUUUGCUAAUUCCAACUUUGAAUUAGCAUAGAAAAUACCGUACAUCCUUUUAAAUAUAAAUUGCAGAGAGCCUGGGGGAUCGAACAAUAACCCACAAAGUUGAUGUUUCAACUCUUAA